AUGGCGACCACAAGGAUAUCGGCGCCGCUGCGGGGCGUCUCGCAGCAAUGGAGCCGGCUGGCGAUGCGGCAGACCGCGCUGCCUGCCCGCUGCACCAAGUCGAUCACGUCCGGCUUUGCCCGCCCAAUUACCACGUCGGCCGCGUCGAAAGCCGCCGUCGCCCCGACCACUACUCCCGCCGACACCUUCGUGCCCGUCAAGCCGUUCGAGGAGCAGACGGUGCUCGCGACCAUCCACCAGUUCCCGUCCCUGGAGCCGCUCCGAUUUGAGGAAUUCCCUGCGAACCAGCUCUAUCUGCCCACACGAAAGGACAUACUCCACCGCGCCGUCGUCUACGAGGGCGACAUGACACGGUUGGGUACGGCCUCGACCAAGAACAGAUGGGAGGUGCGCGGUUCAGAGCGGAAGAUGCGCCCGCAAAAGGGCUCCGGAAGGGCUCGUCUUGGAGACGUCAGGUCGCCGACGAUCCGAUCCGGAGGUGUCUCCCACGGACCCAGGCCACGCGACUUCUCCACGGAGCUGCAGAAGAAGGUGUACGACCUGGCGUGGAGGACAGCGCUCUCGUACCGCUUCCGCAAGGGCGAGCUGAUGAUUGUCGACAAGGCCAUGGAGAUUGAGAGCCCUUCGCCACAGCUGCUGGAGCACAUACUGAAGUACCAGGCCAAGCAAGGAGGCGGAAAGGGGAGGAGCCUGCUCGUAACACUCGAGGAGCGCCCGAUGCUCGAGCAGGCGCUGGAGGAGCUCGAGUGCGGCGACACAAUGCGCCUCUGGGACGAGGUCGACGUCAAGAACCUCCUCGAAGGCUCGCGCGUGCUCAUCGAGCGCGCUGCCCUCAACAACAUCCUCCUCUCCCACCAGGAAGACCUCACACACCAGCGCAUCGCGCCCUGGGACAGAGGCCUGAUCCGCAGCUCGCCCGCGUCGGACCUCGAAUCCGUCGUCGGCUGGCCCGAGUUCCGCGGCUUGAUGCUGACGGACGCGGCGGAGCUGAGCGCGGGCCGCGCACACGCGUACGAGAGCGUGGCCUCGAGCCGGUACGCGCACGCCGAGGGACUCCCCGAGGGCCCGAAGCGCACAGAGCUCCUCAUCAGCGCGUACAGUCUGCUCGCCGAGGCGAAGCAGCACCAGUUCAGCCAAGUCACGGGGAUGCCGUUUGCAGACUACACGCACAUUGCGAGCCGCGAGGACGCAGCGAGCCACUACCCGCGCAUCCAAGCGCUGGACUACCAGAUAGCGACCAAGACGGCGCUGGGCGGGCAGGCGGAGGAAACCAGCCGCGUGGCAGCGGAGCAGCACUACGUCGCUGCGCGCGAGCUCGAGGUCGACAAGCACGACGCAAUGUACGAAGCCGCGCUCCUGGCGGCGCAGGUCCACGAACACGUCGCCGAAGCCAGCCAUCUCGGCGGCAACGAGGCGGCGGCUGAAGUCGCGCUCGCGCGCGCCAGCGUGCAGAGGACAAACGUCGAUACACAUGUGCUCGAGCAGCUCUCGGCCCGUCUGGAGCUCGUUAGGCAGAAGAAGGCACUCGCGCACGCGCGGGGUGAUUGGAAGGCGCAGCAGCAGGCGCAGGAGGGCAUUGUGCUUGCGAACGAGGCGCUUGAGAGGGCCAUGGCGGAGCAGGAGGCCUUUGGCGAAAUCGAUGAGCUCGAGGAGGCGCUGGAGCAGCCUGGUGGGGAGGGGAGGUCGAGGUGA